GAAGCAUUGGUACUUCCUAAUGACGAACCCGAUUAUCAAAACCCGAUUGUCGUGUGGUACGAACAAGGGUCUGGUAAAAUGAGGUUCAAGAAUUUGGAAAAGUUAAUAUCAUGCUUCAAGAUGUGGGAUUUGGGUAAAGCCAGGUGCUACUACAAAAAUGUAUUGCGAGGUUUUUACGGGAGCCGGCACCUAAUUUUGGCGGGCACCAAGUCGCCGUGGGCCAAAAAGUAUAAGAAUCCGGAUGACCAUGCCGUGAGGAUUAAUGUUGAUCGGAAGAAGCGUAUGCCAAGCAAGAAGGAGAUUGCCGAGGUUAAGAAGUUGCGAGGGCUCGAGAAUGUAUAGGAGUACGUCGAAUUACGAUUAGGUGGUGAUGCGCGCGCGGAGACCUUGGAAAGUUCAAACCCCAAUUAAAAGUCCUCAGGUUAGGAUGUACACGGUUUUGCACAAAACGGUGUAUGUCUUACGUAGUGUUUGUCUCUGCUCUCGCUCGUGUCCGUGCAAUUUGAGGGUGGAUGGAUCCAAUUUACUUAUGUGAAUCCGAAACCUUGAAGACGAUACUAUUGGUACAAGAUAUCAGGUGGGUGCUAACGGGUGCAGCCACGAACCAAAUGAGCGAAUAGUGCAGAGUCAGAAAUUGGAGUGGCAGAUCGCUAUCAUGAAGUGAUGGAAUUAAAGUACGCACCACGCGAGUGUGGACUGACAUCAGGGUGAUCUGACAACGCAACCACUGUAGCAGUAAAAUAUAAGAAAUCAAGUAGUAAGCGAGGGGACUAAGGGGUUAAAGUUGCCCCAAAUGGGGCCCGCUUUCGUCCUGAAUUGGCGCACAGGAUUUGAAAAUAUACGUCCUUGCGUAGAAAACCGGCCUUAUUUUAUAUUUUAGUACCUCUUCAACUUGACGCAGACUACCUCUGCCGUUUAUUUAGUGAAGCAACAGAAUACACCACAUACUUUCGAACAAUAAAGCGAUCAAAUAUAUUCCGAUGAACACGAUGAUCUCAG